GGUGAAGAAUGGACCCGUACAUCCCCAAGAGUCUCCAUAUCAUUCCAAACUGCCAUCGAUAUAUCACUGCCUCCAACUAACAACAACAACAAUAACAUCGUUAACGAUCAAAGUGAUAUAAAAAAAGAACUCAAUUCCACAGAUUCUGGAAUUCUCAUUAGUCUUCCAUCAAGUCAGUCUGUUAAAGACGAUGCCUCUUCCGUAGGAGGCAAAAGCCUGGACUCUGGAGUCUAUGAAGUACUUGGGAAAGUGUGUCUUCCUCAAAAUGGGGUUUCCAAACCACACUCUGGUGGGUCUGGUAAGCACCCUAACUGGACUGCCUCGCUGAGAAGGUACAGUGUAAGGAGCUUUAAAGAUGGGCCUCACGAGGAGGAAGAAACACUGCUGGCUAUAUGUGUACAAGUCUUCAUUCCAUUCCUUAUUGCUGGAGUGGGCACCUGUGGUGCUGGUAUCGUACUAGACUAUGUAGAG